AUGCCCAAAAAUCGUCUCAAGUUAACUUCAAGUUAUGUCCGAUUAGGACUUCGUUGUGCAGCAGAUUGGGAGAACUGCGGAAGUGCCUUUCCUGAUAUUUUGGAGGAUCUAGAGAUAUGUAUUGGUGGUGAGCCUCAAGGAGCAGAACAGAGGAGUCUAAUUCCAGUCCUCAACGACGACUGGAAACAGAACGCCUACGGAGAGUAUGCCUACCAAUACGAGUCCGGCAACAGCACCAGCAGGAAGGAGGUGGGCACCCAGAACGAUGGCCAGGUGUCCCAGGGCGGCUGGAGGUACACGUCCCCGUAUGGUGAACCUGUGGAGAUUACCUUCGUGGCUGACCACGGCGGCUACCAGCCCCACGGCGACAGCAUACCUGUGCCCGUCCCUCUCCCUUAUGAACGCACCGGAAACUAA